CUACAGCUACAGCACACCACCACCGGGGCACCGGAUAAGGCAAGAGCGCUGCGCCGCUGCCCGCUGCCCGCUGAGGGGAGCCUGCUGCCUGCCAAGGAAGGAAAAGGGAAGCCUCUGGCAUAGCCCAUGGCGCGGGGCGGCCACGUCGCGGCUCUCUCCCUGCCACCGCGUCUCGCCGCGACGACGCCGUGCUCCGGCCGCCCUGUCCGAGCUAGCUGCGCCAGGCCGGUGCCAGCAGGGGGCGCGCGGCGGCGGGGCCGCGGACGCCUCAUGGUGGUGCGGGCCGGCGGGCCGCCCAGCACCAACCAGCUCAUCCUCGCCUUCGUGCUCCCGCUCUCCCUCUUCGUCGGCACGCUCGUCACCGCCGCCCGCGUCGCCGACGACCUCGACGACCGAUUCCUAAGGGAGGAGUGGCUGGAAAUGCUCGGAGCAGCAAUGCCAGUGCAAGCAUGGAAGCUACAAGAAGCAAUGCCAGUGCAAGCAUGGAAGCGACAACCUGCUUCGACAUCUUGGAAGGAUCAGGAUCAGGAUCAGGAUCAGUUGCGCUACUCCUAUAUGUUUGCAGCAGCUACAGACAGCUUACACCGGAAGCCGCCGAGACGUACUGAUCUUGCCGCGGCAGCGACAGAUGAAGACGUAGACCUGACCUCGUCGCGAGCAAGCAUGUUGGGUGUUGGCUUUCUCAAAUCUGCGGUUGGACUUCGACGUCAUCGAGCACUCAGGAGCUACCGCAACGCGGGCUCGGCGUGGCGAUGCUCGAGCGGUUCUGUUGCAGGGGCGCGCGACCACCUGCUCGAGCUGUUCGCUGUGGUCCAGGAUGGUGAAUUUGUGAUAGAGAUGUCAACUCUGCUAAUUAAUGGGUUUUCUUCUUGAAAUAAUCUCUAGUAAAACUCCAAAUCAACCCCCAAAUGCAUAGACAUCAAUCUUUCUUUGUUGACCUUCCUGUAUGAAAAAUAUUCAGAACCCAAGUACCUCGACAGUAGCAGUUUUUCAUAUCUGAUGUAACUGUGAGUUAAUAUACUAGCUAACUGCUAACCAAAGUCUUGAGAUGAUA